AUGGAGAAGCCUAUGGAGCUGGAGUUGCUGGAAGUGUUGGAGGAUUUGGCAAAUGAGCAGCUGAAAUACUUCCAGUGGUUCCUGCAGAAGGAAGCAUUACUGGAUGGAUUUGAAGCCAUUAAAAAGAGCCAACUGGAGGAUGCAGACAGGCUGAAGACAGUGGAUCUGAUGGUGCAAAAGUACAGUGAAAACUCUCUGAUGGUGAUGAGGAUGGUUUUAAAGAAGAUUACCAAGAAUGAAGGGACUCUUGUCAAAUGUCAACACACAUUCAAAACCAAGCUGAAGAAAAGGUUUCACAGAGUGUUUGAAGGAAUUCCAAAACCAGGACAGUCGGUUCUUCUGAAUCAGAUCUACACAGAGCUCUACAUCACAGAGGGAGGGACCGCAGAGGUCAAUGAUAAACAUGAGGUCAGACAGAUUGAAACAACAUCCAGGAAACCAGACGGACCAGAAACAACAGUCAGACAAAAAGACAUCUUUAAAGCCUCACCUGGAAGAGAUGAACCAAUCAGGACCAUGAUUACAAAGGGAGUGGCUGGCAUUGGGAAAACAGUCUUAACACAGAAGUUCACUCUGGACUGGGCUGAGGGCAAAGCCAACCAGGACAUACACUUCACAUUUCCAUUCACUUUCAGAGAGCUGAAUGUGCUGAAAGAGAAAAAGUACAGCUUGGUGGAACUUGUUCAUCACUUCUUUACUGAAACCAAAGAAGCAGGAAUCUGCAGGUUUGAAGAGUUCCAGGUUGUGUUCAUCUUUGACGGUCUGGAUGAGUGUCGACUUCCUCUGGACUUCCACAACAAUGAGAUCCUGACUGAUGUUACAGAGUCCACCUCAGUAGAUGUGCUGCUGACAAACCUCAUCAGGGGGAGACUGCUUCCCUCUGCUCACCUCUGGAUAACCACACGACCUGCAGCAGCCAAUCACAUCCCUCCUGAGUGUGUUGACAUGGUGACAGAGGUCAGAGGGUUCACUGACCCACAGAAGGAGGAGUACUUCAGGAAGAGAUUCAGAGAUGAGAAGUGGGCCAGCAGAAUCAUCUCCCACAUCAAGACAUCACAAAGCCUCCACAUCAUGUGCCACAUCCCAGUCUUCUGCUGGAUCACUGCUACAGUUCUGGAGUGGACCAUGAAGAGCAGUGAGAGUGGAGAACUGCCUGAGACCCUGACAGAGAUGUACCUCCGCCUUGUGAUGCUUCAGUCCAAACUUAAGAAUGUCAAGUAUGAUGGAGGAACUGAGACAGAUCCAAUCUGGGGUCCAGAGAGCAGGAAGAUGAUUGAGUCUCUGGGAAAACUGGCUUUUGAGCAGCUGCAGAAUGGAAACCUGAUCUUCUAUGAAUCAGACCUGAUAGAGUGUGGCAUUGAUAUCAGAGCAGCCUCAGUGUACUCAGGAGUGUUCACACAGGUCUUUAAAGAGGAAGAAUGUGGGAUGUUUCCAGAAACAGUGUUCUGCUUCAUCCAUCUGAGUGUUCAGGAGUUUCUGGCUGCUCUUCAUGUCCAUCUGACAUUCAUCAACUCUGGAGACAAUCUGCUGGCAGAAGAACAAACAACAUCCUGGUGGUCUGAAGUGUUCGGAAACAAAUCAACGCGUUUCUACCAGAGUGCUGUGGAUAAGGCCUUACAGAGUCGAAAUGGACACCUGGACUUGUUCCUCCGCUUCCUCCUGGGUCUUUCACUGCAGAUCAAUCAGAGUCUCCUACGAGGUCUGCUGACACAUACAGGAAGUAGCUCACAGACCAAUCAGAAAACGGUUGAGUACAUCAAAAAGAAGAUCAGUGAGAAUCUGUCUGCAGAGAGAAGCAUCAAUCUGCUCCACUGUCUGAAUGAACUGAAUGAUGGUUCUCUAGUGGAGGAGAUCCAACAGUACCUGAGUUCAGGAAGUCUCUUCACAGAUAAACUGUCUCCUGCUCAGUGGUCAGCUCUGGUCUUCAUCUUACUGUCAUCAGAAAAAGAUCUGGAUGUGUUUGACCUGAAGAAAUACUCUGCAUCAGAGGAGGCUCUUCUGAAGCUGCUGCCAGUGGUCAAAGCCUCCAACAAAGCUCUGCUGAGUGGCUGUAACCUCUCAGAGAGAAGCUGUGCAGCACUGUCCUCAGUUCUCAGCUCCCAGUCCUCUAGUCUGAGAGAGCUUGACUUGAGUAACAACAACCUGCAGGAUUCUGGAGUGAAGCUGCUGUCUGCUGGACUGGAGAGUCCAUGCUGUACACUGGAAACUCUCAGGCUGAGUGGCUGUAACAUCUCAGAGAGAAGCUGUGAAGCUCUGUCCUCAGUUCUCAGCUCCCAGCCCUCUAGUCUGAGAGAGCUGGAUCUCAGUAACAACAACCUGCAGGAUUCAGGAGUGAAGCUGCUGUCUGUUGGGCUGGAGAGUCCGCACUGUACAUUGAAAACUCUCAGGCUGAGUUUGUGUAAUCUCUCAGAGAGAAGCUGUGCAGCACUGUCCUCAGUUCUCAGCUCCCAGUCCUCUAGUCUGAGAGAGCUUGACUUGAGUAACAACAACCUGCAGGAUUCAGGAGUGAGGCUGCUGUCUGCUGGACUGGAAAGUCCACACUGUAAACUGAAAACUCUCAGCCUGUCAGGAUGUCUGAUCACAGAGGAAGGCUGUGCUUCUCUGGCCUCAGCUCGGAGCUCCAACCCCUCCCAUCUGAGAGAGCUUGACCUGAGCUACAAUCAUACAGGAGAGUCAGGAGAGAAGCUGCUGUCUCCUGGACUUGAGGAUCCACACUGGAAAUUAGACACUCUCAGGCUGAAGCCUUCUGGAGUCCGAUGGUUGACACCAGGUCUGAGGAAGUAUUUCUGUGAACUCACACUGGAUCCAAACACAGCAAACAGAGAGCUCAAACUGUCUGACAACAACAGGAAGGUGACAUAUGUGUGGGAGGAGCAGUCAUAUCCGGAUCAUCCAGACAGAUUUGACUUCUGUUCUCAGCUGCUGUGUAGAAAUGAUCUGACUGGUCGCUGUUACUGGGAGGUUGAGUGGAGAGGAAAUGUUUCUUUAUCAGUGACUUACAGAGGAAUAAGCAGGAGAGGAGACAGUGAUGACUGUGUGUUUGGAAAGAAUGAUCAGUCCUGGAAUCUGAAUUGCUCAAAUAGUCGUUACUCUGUCUGUUACAAUAACAGAAUUACAUUCAUCCCCUCUUCCUCCUCCUCCUCUGUCACUAACAGAGUAGCAGUGUAUGUGGACUGUCCUGCUGGCACUCUGUCCUUCUACAGAGUCUCCUCUGACACACUGAUCCAACUCCACACCUUCAACACCACAUUUACUCAGGCUCUGUAUGCUGGGUUUGGGUUCUGGCCUGACUGGUCUGAAUCCUCAGUCUCUCUGUGUUCUCUGUAGGAAGGAGAGUCUCCUCCUGUUAGAGAAACUUUAUCAUGUUAUUUAGUACCAACCUGAUCUCUCACUGCUUGUAAAUGCAGUGUCUAAACCCGACAUGGUUUGUCAGUCAUAUAUAUACACAUAUGUAUUGUUAUAUGGUCUAUAUACAUAUAUACUGUACAUACCAGAAGUUAAUACCAAGUACUAUCUGUAUCAGCAGAACAUGAGGGGAUAUAUAGGAGGUGCUUACGAGGAAAUACUGUGGGAUUGAUUAUCACCAGAACUGUAACGUGAUUUUUGUGCUGAUUAUUUUCUUUGACAUUGAUUUUACUUGGUUGGUGGUAGUUUGAUUAUCCCGCUGAUGAUCUGAUAAACUAAUAUUGAUGAUUUACAGAUAGAUUCAUGUUUUAGAUAUAUAAAUAAACAAUUAACUAUC